AAACGAUACGCACCACCACUUCAAACCCCAUACUAUUUACUGCAACGCAACUUAUGAUGGUUACCUCUGCUGGCCUCCGACUCCUGCUGGCGAAACCACGUAUCAAAAAUGCCCCAGCAACUUCUAUCUGAUUGACACAUCAAUGCAAGCGUAUAGACGGUGCGGUGCGGAGGGGUUGUGGGUCGGGCGGCAUUAUAAUGAUUCAUCUCCUAAUGGUUGGACGAACUAUACUCCAUGUUUUCCUGAAGCUGUACAAUAUCUUUUAAGUAAAGUCGGUGAUAAAUCUGAGGCUCAGCUUAAAUUUGAAACUGCUGUAAAUACACGCACGGUUGAGAUGAUAGGUAUAGUGCUAUCAAUAAUUGGUAUACUGAUGUCACUAUACAUAUUCAGCGCUUUCCCCUCUCUUCACAACCGACGAACCUUGAUACAUAGGAAUCUGUUUUGUGCUCUGCUUUUGGAAACGACCAUUAGAAUGCUAUUGUACACUCAACAAGCCCAGGCAUACAUGCUGGACAAGAGGACUAUCGUUGAAAACGCGCGAAAGGGAAUUGAAAACUUGCCAUAUGUCUGCGAGGGAGUAUAUGUGUUAUUGGAGUAUGCCCGGCUCAGCGUGUAUGCCUGGAUGUUCAUUGAGGGCGUUUUCCUAAACACCAUGAUUUCAGCCAAUACCCUCAGAAAUGAAAUCAACGUGAUCUACUUUUAUUUCGGAGGAUGGGUGAUUCCCACGUUCAUUGUCGCGAUUUGGGCCACACUGACCGCACGUCAUUACGCCGCCGAAAAAUUCAACACGUGCUGGUUCGGAUACAACUACCUCCCGGCCUAUUAUAUCAUCAAUGGACCCAUCGUGGGAAUCCUGAUUGUGAACACGAUCUUCCUAGUUACCGUAUUGGCUGUUAUCAUUACCAAACUCCGACGAACCAAUGACUCCGAGCUAGAGAAGGUUAAGAAAGCGAUCCGUGCCACUCUGAUUCUGCUGCCACUGCUCGGUAUCAUCAACAUUUUCAACCUCUUCGAAUACCCAUUGGAGGGAUCUUCAACCGGUUUCGCGAUCUGGGCAUAUGUCACCCACUUCUUCCGAUCUUUCCAAGGCCUCUUCAUUAGUAGCAUAUAUUGUUUCACUAAUGAAGAAGUCCUAAAGGCUUUAAGAAAGCGUUGGGACCAAUCGGAAUGUGUAAUAAGAUGGCGACAACAACACCAACGGCAGCACUCAGACCGGACGCGACACAUAAUAACAAUCUCAGACAUACCUCGCGGUGACGACAUCCCCAUGACAGUGAGGCCGUGGGACCGACCCUCUUCUACCAAUAAUGUGAACUUGUCCGAGUGUGAAGCAGGACCCAGUCACUUCGAGGAGCAGCAUACAGCUACGGUGCACGUGCCAACAGAUACCAGAUUACCAUGCCAAAAAGACUUAUUGUCCAGCUUAGAAUCUGGCAUAAACGCACCUAUGCCACCAAGACGAUGCUCCUGCGAAUCAGCCCCCUCCAGGUACCACAUCUACCACCGACGCUCGCUCGAAGCACACGAGGCCUACACAAAAGUCAAUCGACGUUGUUCCUGUGAUAUUCCAUGUCGGAGGUAUAGCACACCCUAUGAUCGCCCUCGAGAGUCGAGCGUUAGAGCAAUGUCGUGUGUGCCGAGCACGCACACCAUCCCGCGCAUGCGACGUGGCUUCACUCGUCCCGGCCUGGUCACCCGCGAGUCCCGCAUGGGACACAUGUCCAUCAGCAGCUGCCUCUAAACAUAGUUAUAGCCCAAAGACUCGCCCAUCUUUUUACAUAUACUUCUUCAUUAAGUGAGACAUAGUAUAAGUGUGACGUACCUAAUCUAGUUUUGUAAUCCUACCUCUUUACAAAAUAGGGUAUUUUGAUGUUAACUUUAAGCUUAAAUGAUCAAUAUCUUGAAAAGAU